AUGGGCAGAUCCGUUCGGGAACGCUUCGCGAGAAAAAUCAUGCAAGCCCUGGAGGAGCUGGCGGUCCAGCUGUUCGACGCGGGCGCUGUACGCCUGGGCGAUAUAGAAGCGAAGGUCGGCCGCCGAACGCCGAUAUACUUCGACCUGAGGGUCGUCGUGUCCCACCCCAGGCUUAUGAUGGCGAUAUCCGAACAGCUGACGCGUCUAGCCGCCGACAUCCCGCACGAUUUACUCUGCGGUGUGCCGUACGCGGCGCUGCCUUUCGCCGCGGUGAUGUCCGUCAACUCGAACACCCCCAUGAUAAUGAAGAGGAAGGAGACCAAGUUGUACGCCACCAAGAAGAUACUGGAGGGCGUGUAUGAAGCGGGCCAGAAAUGCUUAGUAGUCGAGGACGUAGUGACAUCUGGCGGCAGCCUGCUCGAAACCGUUGCUACGCUCCGCGGCGAACAACUGCGCGUCUCGCACGCCGUCGUAGUUCUGGAUAGGGAGCAAGGUGGCGCCAGUGUGCUCGCCGCCGACGGCGUCGAGGUGAAGUCGGUUUACACGAUGACGGCUCUGGUGCGAGUGUUGCAAGAGUGCGGCAGGAUAAGCGACGAGACGGCCGAGAUUGUUUCCGACCACAUCAAGGAGUGCCGUUUCGCC